AGCGGCUGGCCCCGGCUCGUUUCCCCGCGGCUAGAGCGUCGCCUCCGCGCGGAGCCGCGUGUGACCUUCCCGCCCGAGAAGCGAUGCUGCCGGCGGCCGCCUGCCGCCUGUGGGGGCCGCGCCUCGGGCUUCCGGCCGUGGCGCUCAGCGUCUCCAGACAACAGGUGCCCUGUGUGUGCGCCGCGCGGCAGAUGAGGAGCAGCAGCCACCGACGGGGGGAGGCCCUCGCCGGGGCGCCCCUGGACAACGCCCCCAAGGAGUACCCGCCCAAGAUCCAGCAGCUGGUGCAGGACAUCGCCAGCCUCACGCUCCUGGAGAUCUCAGACCUCAACGAGCUCCUGAAGAAAACGUUGAAGAUCCAGGAUGUGGGGCUCGUGCCAAUGGGCGGCAUGAUGCCCGGUGCUGUCCCUGCCGCAGCAGCCCCUGAGGCAGCAGAGGAAGAAGUCCUUCCCACGCAGAAAGAACGGACACAUUUUACCGUCCGCCUGACAGAAGCAAAGCCUGUGGACAAAGUGAAACUGAUCAAGGAGAUCAAGAACUACAUCCAGGGCAUAAACCUCGUGCAGGCCAAGAAACUGGUAGAGUCCCUGCCCCAGGAAAUCAAAGCUAAUGUCGCCAAAGCUGAGGCUGAGAAGAUCAAGGCAGCCCUGGAAGCCGUGGGGGGCACGGUGGUUCUGGAGUAGCCCCACUCUGAGGACUUGUGGACUGGGGUCCCAUGACCCACCUGAGGCCCCUCCCUCCCCUGCCCUGCCCCCAGCACCGAGCUCCUGGGGAAGCCUAGGGGACAGAGCUGCUGGUGGAAGCUCUCAGCCAGUGCUGGCGGGGUGGAGGGGUGGACAUGUCUCCCGUGGCUGGGGGAGGGGCCGCCCCUGCCCGUGUAAGGAGCACAGAGCGGACCCGGGACUUGCCGAGCUGACGUGGCCUCCUGUGGCUGCUGAAAAAAUACACGGUUCGGGAUGUUUGAA